AUGAAAGGAGUAAAAUUGGAAGAACUAGGACAAAGUAUUCUAGAACAAGUUAUUACUUCUGGAGGUGAUGAUGUUGAUAGGAACUUUAGCAAUCCUUUUUAUGCUCAUAUUGUUAGUUUAAACAAAUCAUUGCAAAAAGUAAACGGAAAGUCUCCUUCAAACUGGACAGAGUCUUUAAUAAGUGAAAUAGAAGGAAGAGCACAGAUAGUUAUUGAUGAUCUCGAGCAAAUGAAACUUGCCCCUUCCAAUAAUAUUGGACCAAAUAAACUAUUUAUUGAAGCAUAUAAGAUUUUGGCAUAUACUCUAUCUCUUGUUAGCGAUUACAAAGAUCGAAAAAUAGAAGCAAUUGAAAAAGAGGCUCAUGAUCAAACUGAAGAUUUGAAAAUUCAACUUGAUACUCGUGAAAAAAUUGCUCAACAAGAAAAAAGCGCUAUCAAUGGAAGGAUCACAGAGCUUGUUUCUCAGAAUUUUCAAAUUGUUCAACAAAAUGAAGCUCUCAAAGCUAAAAUUUCUGAAUUACAAGCAUAUACUAUUAAGGAAGAUGAAUACAAAGCAGUUUUAAGCGAAAAGCAGGCUUUAAUGCAAGAGAUUCAAAAAAUGAAUUUAGAAAUUGAGGCAUUAAAGAACGAAAACAGAAAUUUGGCUGCUGCUAAUGAUCAAUUGACUAUUGAAAAUCGAGAUUACAAAGAAACAAACUUAGGUUUAACUUCAUCAGAAAUGAAUACUACAAAAGAAUGCCAAAGAUUGUUAAAGUUAACAAACGAGCAGCAAUCUGUAAUUAAGGAAAUGGAAAAUCAUAUUGUUCAAUUGGAAGCAAAGGCAAAUAACAAUGACGCUUUUAACGCAAUAGCUAUAGCCCAAGAUAUGGCAAAUAAAGAUUUAAAGAACUUAACAGAACAAAGGAAAUCACUUAUUACGUUAAUUACUAAAAUGGAAAAUUAUAUUACAAAAAUUGAUGAAAUAGGAGUCUCAAAACCAAUAGAAAUCACAAAAUCUCCUAAAGAUGAUGGUUUCCAUCUCGCUUCUGAUGUUUCUAUUACAGGAUUACCAGAAUCUGUAAGAAUUGCAUAUAAAACAAGCAUCGAAGAAGCUUUUGUUGCAUUAGUCAGAGAAUUCAAAGCUCAGAGUGCUCAAGUUAAAUUACUUGCUGGACUUUCCGAGAAGGUUUGCACAACAAUUGGAAAUUCUCAGAUUUUCGUCAACCAAUUUGCCAAUUACCAAAAGGCAGAGUCAUUUAAAUUACCAGCUAGAAUCAGGAAUGAGAUUACUAGGAUAUUAUCUCUUCCAGAAAAUCAACUAGAAAAUUCAAUUUCUGAUUUCAUUGUUAACGUAUCCAAAGAAGCAGGAAUUGCAGUUCAGGCAAUAUCAAAGCUCUUACUCCUUUCAUAUAAGAGGCUUUUACAAGGAGCAAACAACGCAUUAGACCUUAGAAAAGAAAAUGACUUACUCCAAGAGCAGAUGAAGCACCAAAUCUCUCUUCUUGAGCAAGAAAAAGCAUCUAAUGCAGAACUCCGUGAAGUUAUCAAUACAUAUUCAAGGAAAUUUGAAUCUCCAAUUAAAAUUACUGAAGAACCCCAGUUCAAAGACCAAGAUUUGAUUAAACUUGCUAAGAAGUGUGAUGAACAGAAGCAAAUCAUCAAGAAACUCAAAGAAACAAUUAAAUCUUCUCCAUCAAAAGAAGAAAAGUCUCCAAUUAACGAUAAGCUUCAAACAGAACUUGUUGAAGCCAAGCGUACAAUUGAAGAACAAAAGCUAACAAUCCUUAAUUUGCAACAACGUGAAGUUAUCAAAUCUGAUCACGAUAACAAGAAUUUUGAAGAAGCAAUUGCUAAUGUUAAACAGAAGUAUGAAAGCAAACUUCAAAAACUUGCAAAAGUCCAUGAAAAAGUCGUUGAAGAAAUGAAUCAAAUUAAAAAGAACUCUUUGCAAGGUUUGCAAUCAGAACUCGACCUUGAAAGGCAGCAGAGAUCAUCAGAGAAGCUAAGAAAUGAUACUUGUUUGGAAGACUACAAGAGAAGACUUGAACAAGCAUUGCAAACAGAUGCGGCUUUGAAAUUAGCUUUGGAAAGAUGCACAAAAGAACUUAAUGAGACAAGAUUGAGUCUUUCUGAGAUUAGAGCUAUCCAGAAAACAACAGAAGCAAGAGCUAUUGCUGCUCAACAAAAGUUGAAGCAAUAUGAAUCAAAAUUGUAG